GGCAGGAAGGCAGGCUACCGAGUAACCAGGCUACCCCAACCAUAAAACACUCAUUAAUUUAGGCAACUGUCUACGAAGUGAGUCUGUGAGAAUAUGGCCAAGGACAUGUUUCUUCUCUGGGGAUCCGGCUCUCCUCCAUGCUGGAGAGUCAUGAUUGCUUUGGAAGAGAAAAACCUGCAAGGCUACCAACACAAGUUGUUGUCUUUUGAGAAAGGAGAACACAAAUCAAAGGAGGUCCUCGACAUCAACCCAAGGGGACAGCUGCCAGCGUUUCGGCAUGGGACCAACGUAGUAAAUGAGUCUUUUGCAGCCUGCAUGUACUUGGAGAACCAGUUCAAGUCCCAGGGAAACUCUCUGAUCCCCAGUGACCCAGCAGAACAAGCUCUUGUGUACCAACGCUCGUUUGAAGCACUUAACCUGCAUCAGAAGAUGGUGGACCUUAUUACAUACACUCGACGUACACCUGAAGAAGAGAGACACGAGGAAGCUGUGAAACGGAACAAGGAGGGAGCGACGGCCGAGUUGCAGAUAUGGGAGAGCCACCUGCAGAAGACUGGGCCAUACCUGGCCGGGAAAAACUUCUCGAUGGCAGAUGUUGUGUUUUUUCCAACCUUGGCACUUGGAUUCCGUCUGGGGUUGAGCCAGAAAAAGUAUCCCAAACUUGGUGGUUACCAUGAUCUCCUGAAGAAUCGCCCCAGCAUCAAGGCCUCCUGGCCCACGCACUGGCUUCAAAACCCCCCGACAAUGGACCCACUGAAGGACCUGUGAGAGAAUGGGUUUUCCUCUAAGUUCUCCCCUGUAAACCAAGCAGGCUUGCUAUUCCGGACCAAGAUGCUCAUUAGACAAAGUCUACUGAUACAGUAAUAUGCUUGCACCUGGAGUAUGUUGUUUCUCAUGGCAACACUUCUUUUGAUAUUAAAAAAAUAAUACUAAUGAAAAAUAAAUAAAGCUUUGCUGAAUACUAAAUUAAUUUAUAUGCACUAUUACAUAUAUUUUUUCUACUUGUGCAGUACAUACAUUGAACAUGUAUGACCUUGGUACCACUUGAGGUUGAUUUUACUUACAAUGUCACGAGUGCUUUAAUACAAAUAAAGUAUGCUGCAACUUA